UUUGAAACUGUCAAGUGGCUGCUAAGGUAGCAGCUGGGCUUGCUGUUGUCCCAGUGGCUACGCGGCUAGCGGACCGGGCGAGGAGCUGGACCCGAGUGAAGAGCCGGGAUUUGUAGGAGAGGCCCAGUGUGAGUGAGACUUUCCGGUUUCCACUGGAAUUGUUCAGUAUUUGUGCAGAAUGGCAUCAAAUGAAGACAGAUACUCACUUCCAGUUAUACAAAAUAACUCUGAUCAAAGCAGUUCUGUCUCUACAGAUCUUCAGGAAGAGUAUGAAGAACUGCUUCGUUAUGCCAUAGUGACUCCAAAUAUUGAAUCCAGUGCUUCACAGCCAUCUCAUCCUAAGGGAGAAACACUAGAUGCUAGAAUUCCUCCUAUAAUUGAUAAUAUUCUUCACAAUCAAGCUGGAAACAGCUCUGUAGUAAGAGAAACUGCAAUGGAAGGUGGAAAAGGCUGUGACUUAAAUAUUUCAAGUCAAGAUUCAAAGGCAGAUGGGUCAUCACCAGGGUUAUCACCAAGAAAGCCUUCUCACCCAGUCAUGGAUUUUUUCAGUUCACAUCUGUUAGGUGACUCUUCUUCACCAGCAGCUAAUUCUACCCAUACAGAUCCCCAUGAAAUAAUUGUAGGUGAUUGCUUUGUUUCUGAUGAAAACCUUCAGAAGAUGGAAAAUGUCCUCGAUCUUUGGAGUUCCGGUCUUAAGGUUUAUGAAGGUAAACUAGCUGAUCAGUACUUCCAGAGAACAUUACUGAAGAAAGUCUGGAAGGGCUGGCAUUCUCUCAUACAAAGACAGUGGAAAGAAGUGGUAGAGCGAGCUUGUCAAGCAAGAGCUGAAGAAGUUUGCAUCCAGAUUUCCAAUGAUUAUGAGACCAAAGUUGCUAUGUUAUCUGGAGCUUUGGAAAAUGCAAAAGCCGAGAUUCAGAAAAUGCAACAAGAGAAAGAACACUUUGAAGAUUCCAUGAAGAAAGCGUUCAUGAGGGGGGUAUGUGCAUUAAAUCUAGAAGCCAUGACUAUAUUUCAGAACAGAAAUGAUGCAGGGACCAAUUUCACAAAUAAUAAAAAGGAAGAGUAUGGUGCUGGUGUUCAGGGAAGAGAGCACUCUGCCCACUUGGACCCUUCGGUGGCCCCAGUGCCCUCGGUGCUGCCCGGACAGCUGCUGCCAUCCCCACCCAUAGGGGCGGUUGGAGUCCCCAGUGCCACCUAUGUGCCCUCUGCUGCUUUAGCUUCCUUGACAUCUGCCGGGGCUGUGUCUGCGCCCUCUGUUGGCACUCGCGUUCCUGCCUCAGCUCUUACAGGAUCUGCGUCUACUGCUGAAGAAAUGUAUAAUAAUCUUAUGAGGUUAUUAAGCUCAUUUUUAUCUUUUCAGCAAACCAUUCCCCAAGCAACUGCUGCAAAAUAUCCUCGGACCAUUCAUCCUGACAGUAGUACCUCAGCUUCUAGAUCUCUCGGAACCAGAUCAGCCCACACCCAGUCUCUCACAAGCAUUCAGUCCAUAAAAGUGGUUGAUUGAUGUGAAUACACUCACAAUAAGGUUUUAACUCCUCUGGUUUUACCAAGGGUUUGAAGUCUUUAGUUUUUAAUAUUUCCAUGCUGUUAGAACAUCGUGGAUAUAUUGUGUUCAUCUUAUCAAAAUUACAAGAGACUGUUUCAAACUGUAACAUCCUUUGUAAGUAUAUAUAGAGAUUAUUUUAAUGUUUUUUUAUUUAAGUGAUUAAGUAAAACUUUUUUAAAUUAAAAAAAAUUUAAUAUGUGCAGUCUGUCACUGAUUAUAUCAUCAAAAGUAUAUAAAUCCUAUUUCCUGUGCAUUAUUUCUAAAAGGCUAAAGUCAUUUCCAAUGCUACUGAGCUAUAAUUUAUUCAAAAAUCUGAGAGGAGUUUUACUUUAAACAUUAUUAAAGUUAGUAGAAACUAAGAAAUUUUUACAGUAAAAAGCUAAAGACCAAGAAUAAUAUUUGUGAUGUUUUAUUACAGCUUUUUAUGACUUACUGUCUUCCUUUUUGUGUAACAAUUAAAAAAGGGAAAUCGCAGUACCUAUGGAUAAUUUUUAAUGCUGAAAGGAAAAGGGAACAAUGUUUAAUAGCACAAAAAUAGAGUUGUAGGAACAUCAAAAAGAAGUUUCCUGUUAGAAUGACCCUGUUUCUGAUGCUCUUUCUGACCUUGUUUGAGACUAUAGCACUGAACUGUUCUGAUACCUGUGUGUACAUCCAGACUUGUCCUGUGGUGGUGUAGCCCAGGCAACUAGAAAACCUAGGCCUGAGCAGAAACUGUUCAGUGACUGGCCAAGAGAAAGAAGCCAUCUGGGCAGAACUGAUUUAGAAGAAAGGCCUCCCUUUCCAAUGCUUUGCUUGCCAGCUAACUUUCCUUGGCCAAACAAUGAACCUUAGGACCCUCAUCUCUGAAGUAAGAGUAAAAUCUACCUACCCUACCUAUUUCACGUUGUCCUUAUAGAGUACAAAUGAGUAGAUAUGGGGGGUGGGGUACUGAUUAGUGGUAAAGCACUUGCCUAAAAUGUACAAGGACCCAGGUUCAAUCCACAGCAC